CAAAUUAAGGAUAUUCGUGAAAGAACCGAUGAUAUAAUCGAGGAGAAACGAAUUGCAAACGAAUGGCGAUUUGCAGCUAUAGUUGUUGAUCGGAUCGGUCUAAUUCUAUUUUCGGCAAUAAUUGUUAUCACAUCUUUAACUAUCGCUCUUCGAGCACCUUAUCUUGUCGCCUAA